AUGGCUCUUUUGAGUGGCGUUCUACUUGUAAUAUUUUGUAAUAUUGUUUUAUCAAGAACCAUUUUAUCUGAUGAUCCAAUUUUUGGUCAACCCGAACAAAUUCAUCUAUCUUAUGGGUUGGAUCCAACACUUAUGGUUGUUACAUGGGUCACAUUAAAUGAAAUCAAUGAUUCCGUCGUCGAAUAUGGUCAAAUUGAUAUGUUUGAUAAACGGGCAACUGGAAAUGUGAGUAUAUUUCAAGAUAAUGGUACCGAACAACGACGUGAAUAUAUACAUCGUGUUGUUCUGUAUGAUUUAAUACCCGGACAGAAAUAUUUCUAUCAUUGUGGUAGUGAUGACUAUGGUUGGUCACCUCUAUUUUGGUUUACUGCUAUGCGUAAUGAUUCAAAUUUUACUGUUCGUAUGGCUAUCUAUGGUGAUAUGGGAAAAGAUAAUGCACAAUCAAUGGCACGCCUGCAAGAAGAAACUGAAUUGGGUCAUUUUGAUCUUAUUCUACAUGUUGGUGAUAUGGCAUAUGAUAUGAAUGAUGAUAAUGCUCGUUUUGGUGAUCAAUAUAUGAAUUCGAUUGAAUCAAUUGCGGCUUAUAUUCCAUAUAUGACUUGUCCAGGAAAUCAUGAAAAUGCUUAUAAUUUCUCGCAAUAUGUAGCAAAAUUUAGUAUGCCGUCAUCAUUCAAUACAUAUGGUGGUGAUUCGAAUCAUUUUUAUAGCUUCAAUGUUGGACCGGUACAUGUAGUUAGUUUUUCAACUGAAUUUUAUUAUUAUCUUCAAUAUGGUUUUGAACAAAUUGGAAAUCAAUAUAAAUGGCUUGAAGAAGAUUUAAAAAAUGCUAAUAGACCAGAAAAUCGUGCUAAACAACCGUGGAUUAUUACAAUGGGUCAUAGGCCAAUGUAUUGCAGUAAUAAUAAUGAUGACGAAUGCCUAUUUACCGAUGGAUAUAUUUUUGUACGUAUUGGUCUUCCAUUUAUUCAAGAAUAUGGUUUAGAAACAUUAUUUGCACAAUAUGGUGUCGAUGUAGAAUUUUGGGCCCAUGAACAUAGCUAUGAACGCUUAUGGCCAGUUUAUAAUGAAACCGUUCGUAAUGGUACCGAAGGUGCUUAUAUCGAUCCAGAUGCUCCAGUUCAUAUUGUAACCGGAUCAGCGGGUUGUGGUGAACGUCAUGAUCCUUUUGGUGUUCCUCGACCAUGGACAGCAUUUCAAAAUAAUGAUUAUGGUUAUACACGAAUGAAUGUUCAUAAUACUACACAUUUAUAUUUGGAACAAGUAUCCGAUGAUCAGCACGGAAAAGUCGUUGACAGUAUGUGGUUAAUUAAAUCGAAACAUGGUCCUUAUUCAUAUUUUUAA